AUGAAGCGGGCCGUUCCUGACGUGCGGACAGGCUCGGAGGACGGGCUCAAGCGCUCUCGGGAGGGCACCAUGGCCGAGAAUCCGGACGACAGGGAACACAGCCUGCUGAUGAAGGUGCUGCAGCCUGCUCAGGCGCCCGCUGGCAAGCUCAGCCUGGCGUCCGUGGACCAGUUCCUCGAGGAGGAGGUGGCCCGCAUCGCGGAGCAGGUGGGGCCCGCGCGGGGUCUGCAGGAGGGCCUGCUGUUCCUCGCCAGGGGCUGGCGCCGCUCGGAGGAGGGCGGCGUGGUGCCGUCCACGUGGGCGGGCAUCGGCCCUCUGCAGGACGCGAUGCUCACCAUGGCGACGAUGCAGAUGGUGGUGUCACCGGCCGAGGAUAAGGUGCGCGCACUCACGGCGCUUCUCGAGGAGUCCGUCCCAGCGAAGCUCAUGAACGAGCUUCUUUCGGGAGCCGCCGAGGACGACGACGUCCCUGCUCGGAUGGUCAUGGAGAUGGCCAAGCCCCUGAAGGGCCGCCACCUCAACGAUCCGCGAGCGCAACAAUUCGGCAAGCUGGUGCGCGUGCUCCGCUCGUCCGGCAAGUACUCGGCCGCCCUCGUGGCGCCGCCGUGCCUGGACGAGGUUUGGAGGCCCGCGUUCGAGCCUCAGUUCGUGUGGAAGAACCAGAAAAGGGAGGUGGUGAACAAGCAGGGCAGGGGCAUGAGCUUGCAGAGCGACUCCCUGCUCGGCUGGGCCCUCUCCGCCACCUCCCUCGACGCGGCUCUGCUGCCCCCUUCGCAGGCUCACGCCACCGAGGCCGGCUCGUCGGAGUGGUCGAACUUGCAGAGGGCCACCAGGCAGCGCCUCGACCAGCUGCAGCGCGGGACGCAGAUCAAGCUCACGGCCGCCCAGGCCCAGACCGCGGAGAUGGUCGACGUGCUCAUCCGCGCCGGCGACGCGUCCAGGAGAUGGCGGUGA